AUAUAUAGAUUUUAGCGAUCUAGAUCUGCUUAGAGGAGAAAACUAGCUCCAAAUUGCUGGAAAAUUAUAUAAUUAGGAUUCAAAAUGUACACAGUUAAGCUCUUCCUUUUUAUUGUCCCACUAGUUAUUUCCUCCAGAAUUAACCAAGAUCAAUCGUCAAUAGAUUCAGUAUCUCCAGAGCCAAAAUCAAGAUUUGCUAUGCUAGAUGAUGUUAAAAUCUUAGCGAAUGGUCUCCUCCAGUUGGGACAUGGCCUUAAAGACUUUGUCCAUAAGACUAAGGGCCAAAUUAAUGACAUAUUUCAAAAACUUAACAUAUUUGAUAAAUCUUUUUAUGAUCUAUCACUGCAAACCAAUGAGAUCAAAGAAGAAGAAAAGGAACUUAAAAGAACCACAUCCACACUUCAAGUCAAAAAUGAAGAAAUGAAGAAUAUGUCACUUGAACUCAACUCAAAACUUGAAAGUCUCCUAGAAGAAAAAAUUCUUCUUCAACAAAAAGUGAGAUAUUUGGAGGAGCAAUUAACUAAUUUAAUUCAAAAUUCGCCUGAAAUUCAGCAACACCCAGAAGUAACUUCACUUAAAACUUUUGUAGAACAACAAGACAGUAACAUCAAAGACCUUCUCCAGACAGUGGAAGAGCAAUACAAACAAUUAAACCAACAACAUAAUCAAAUAAAAGAAAUAGAAAAUCAGCUGAAAAAGACUGGUAUUCAAGAACCCACAGAAAAUUUUGGUCCUUCCAAGACAAGAGCACCAAGAACUACUCCUUCUCUUCAGCUGAAUGAAACAAAAAAUGUAGAAGAUGAUGGCAUUCCUCUUGAUUGCACCACCAUUUAUAAGAGAGGAGAACAUACAAGUGGUAUUUAUGCUAUUAGACCCAGAAGUUCUCAAGUUUUCAACGUCUACUGUGAUGUUAAAUCAGGUAGAUCAUGGACCUUAAUUCAGCACCGAGUAGAUGGAUCACAAAACUUCAAUGAAACUUGGGAGAACUAUAAACAGGGUUUUGGAAGGCUUGAUGGAGAAUUUUGGUUGGGCCUAGAGAAAAUAUACUCCAUAGUGAAGCAAUCCAAUUACAUUUUAAGAAUUGAAUUAGAAGAUUGGAAAGAAAACAAGCAUUAUGUUGAAUAUUCUUUUCACCUGGGAAAUCAUGAAACCAACUACACAUUAUACUUAGUUGAGGUUAUUAGCAACAUCCCCAACGCACUCCCAGAGCACCAAGAUUUGGUGUUUUCUACGUGGGACCACAAAGCAAAAGGACACCUCAACUGUUCAGAAGGUUAUUCAGGAGGUUGGUGGUGGAACAACACAUGUGGGCAAAACCAUCUAAAUGGUAAAUAUAUCAAAUCAAGAACAAAAAAUAAGCCAGAGAAGAGAAGAGGAAUAUGUUGGAAGUCUCAAAAUGGAAGGUUAUACUCAAUCAAAUCAACCAAAAUGUUGAUCCACCCAAUGCAUUUAGAAAGCUUUAAAUGAAAUGAGGCAAAUAAAAGCCAAUAAAUUAUAAUCAUCCCUAAGUACUGUGAUUUAAUAACCUGACAUGAAAUCCAUAAUAG